AUCGCCGGGGAGCGAGAUUAUUAGUGGCCCCUCUCUGCCCCUCGGUGGAAUUUUUAGCCUCUCUGUACGUAGCACAGGACCGAGAAGACGCGUUCGAGCGAGGUUAGCGCGGCAGCCAGCGAGCGAAGCAGUCUGUGGCUUCUGAACUGAACGAACGAGCAAGUUGGUGGUGCACCCGCAUUCACCGCGUAGUGGUAGAGAGUUAAAAUUUGAAACGCGCUCUCACGUUGCACGUACAGUGUAGGUUAAGUAGUGUUUUGAAAGACGAUCGUCGGAGAAGUUUGUUAUUCGCUUCAAGGUGCGCUGGAAACUUUGGACAUUUUGAAAAGGACGUGUCAGUAAUUAGUUUCCUCGUAGGCUAUUUCAGAUUCGUUUCUUAAAAGAGAAGUGAUUUGAAAAAGAGAUAGAUCUAGAAAAGUGUGUUGAGUUUAUAACGCGCAGUUGACAUUGGGAAGGGUAAAAUAUUGCUAAUAGUUCAACUUUGAGCCAGGUACUAAAACAAAACAUUCAAGAAGAAAUUUCAAGGUACUUGUGAAAAGUUCUCCUUUCAAGAUGCCAGUUUUUAAUGCCAAAGACAAACAAGCCAAAUUCAUCGAGUGUGAUCAGGAUGGGUCCGGGGAUCUUAACUACAUGGACGUGAAGUACAUGAUGGAGAAGCUGGGCCAGGCCAAGACUCACCUGGAGGUGAUGAAGAUGAUCAGAGAGGUGGACACCACCAACUCAGAGGCCAUCAACUAUACCGAUUUUGUCCGCAUGAUGCUGGGGCCCAAGUCCAGUGUGCUCAAAAU